AUGGUAAUCGACCGCCUUCGUGAUGGAACCGUUCGCUUCGUGACGGGAAUGAGAGAGGCUAAAAUUCGUCAUUGGGUUCCAAUACUACUACUUUUUGUACUGGUCGUCUACUUAUUCAUGGGUUCCGCUUGUUUUUGGUUUUUCGAGCAUCAUCAACAUGAACAAAAUGUACGGAAAUGGUAUAUGAACCUUGCGGUGAAUAGGAGACAUUUCGCUAGAUCUAUCAGUUCGAGGAUCUUCAACGAUACUCGAAAUUUGCUCAUUAUUAUUGAUAGAGAGCAAACGGAACGAGUUCAGGUAACCCCUGAGAAUCAUAAAUUAAAUAGAUUUUUAUAUUGGAAAAUGAAAUUCAGAGAGUCUUGUAAUUACCUCUAUACGUUGUUAUCUGUCUCGAGGACAGAUUUUUAUCAAUUGCAGCAACUACUAGUCGAGUCACUGAAACGAUAUGAAGAUCGUAUGGAGCUGAAAACGCCUGACAAAAAGGAAUGGACUUUUUUGAACUCAUUCAACUAUGCUUAUGCUUUGCUGCUGACGCUUGGACAUGGAGCAAAAAUCCCCGAAACUAUUUCUGGACAGGUACGAAAGUUGAAAUGA